GAAUCCCCGCCAAUGGUAUACCAUGACGAAAUACCUGUACUGUUGAACACCAUUAAUUAUAUUGUUAUUUUAUAUAGUUUGUACUCUUUUUUCACAAGUAUCAGCGGUACGUCAUUUGCUUUACCGGGCUACAAAUUUUCUACCUAGCUAUCAGCCUAUCAGUUUACUUUUAACCUUACACCGUUCACUGUUAACCAUGUGUGUUGUUUUUUGUUCUCCGCAGCGUUAUAUAACCUAGCGUGUACACUAUGUUAGCAAAAAAAUGAAAAAAUUCAUCACCACAAAAAUCAACAAGCAGCAAUGGAGGGUUACAGUGCCUAACAUCAAUGGAGGUUUCUUGAGAAGGUCACCAACUCGAGAUGACGACAAGUCAGACAAAGGUUCUAAAAGAUCAUCAGGAUUCUAUGACUUUCAGGAAGCUCAGAACGAGUACGACAAAAGCAGAAGCCUGCCAGCUAGUGUGUACGUAGAUUCAAGUGGAUCUGACACAGAAGAGGAAGAACUCUUCAUUGAUGCAUCUUCAGAUGACAGAGUUGAGCCUGAAGGUCAAUUAUACCAAGACAUCGAAGAAACAUUGAAAAGCCAAUCGGAAACUUUGAUCAAAAACAACAGUCAGUUUGAAUAUGACGUUCCAAAGAUAUCUUUCAAAUUUUUCGAAAAGCCUAAAGAAGCUCAAGAAGACGAAUCGGCUUAUGAGCAAGUGAAGUUUCACAAAAAGACUGAGGUUAAGAUCACUCUUCAAACGCCUGAGAAAAUUUUGGACUCCGAAGAACCACUGUGCCAUCCUAGCGAAAAGUUUGUGAGUCAGACUGAAAUAUUUGUGAAAAGUUUAGAGAACAUACCUGUAGCUGUGAUAAAAUCUGCUGGGAGUGACCCCAAUUUGGCGCUCAGAGAGCAUGAUGAGGAAGAAUACGAUGAAAACUUUUACAAAGUUCCAAGAUCUUUGAAGAAGACCAACAGGUUAUCCCAAUCGCUGCAUGAUUUUGACGUUGAGGCUCUGGAGAAUCAGAAACCACUUGUCCCACCACGUGAUUUGAGUAUCGAACACAUAUCAGCAAGUCAAGUUCUACUGAAACAAUCUAGUGAAGAUACAGAAAGCAAGGAUUCGGAAACUUUGGAGUAUUGUAAGGUUAGAAGUAAACUACCGAUAUACUUAAAACGAGCCAGUUUGCUGAGGAAACCAAAAAAAGCUGUGGAUAAGUGGAAUGACUUCAGAUCAAAGUUCAGUAAUUUGAUGGUGGAACACGCUGCUCAACAAAAAGGUCAAAAUGGAUUCGAGGAUCUUCGGAGAUAUGUCAAGCAGGGUAGUGAUUUCUGCAAGGAGCUGGCCACCAUUUUACAGGAAAGGUCAGAGGCAGAAACCCAGUAUGCGAAGAGUCUGUCCAAGUUAAGUGCCAAGUUGUCUCGAGCAUGCAGAGACAGCGUAGGAGGAGUCAAUGAGGCAUGGAAGUCUGUAGCACAAGAACUCGAAGCAAGGGCCGAAGCCCAUAAAAUCAUGGGCAAUGCUCUUUUGGAGGAAAUUGCCAAGCCGUUGAAGACUCUCACUGAGAACCAGCAUAGGAUCAGAAAACAGUCAGAGUCUUCGGUAGACAAAGCAGCUAAGCUACUGUCUGACUGGAGGGCAGCAGAGGCGAAAGGAAAAAAGCACAGUCACGUAUGUGCCAGGGAAAACGAAAAGCUUCAAGACGCCGCUGUUUUGGAUAACACAAAGUUCGGAAAACAAACGAUUUCGAAAAGCAGUAGUUUAAUCCACUUGGCACAUUUGCACAGCAAACAAAAUAGUGCAGACAAAGAUAAUGCGAAGUUGGAAGGUAAGAAGAAGAAAGCUGAAGAUGCUGUGAAAAAAGCGGAUAUUGAGUAUUAUACAUUAUGUGUUAGAGCAGAGAGAGCAAGACUGGAAUGGGAAUCGGCAGUUGUACGAGGGUCCGCCACUUUCCAAUCACUGGAAGAGGAAAGGCUGAAUAAUCUUAAGUCCGUUCUGACGUCGUACCUGCAUCACAACAAUGAACUCAUUCCUAGGUUAAUUGAGGCAACCGAUCGAUUAAAAAAUCCUGUUUCCCAAGCUGAUUCCACCAAAGACCUUGCAACUUUCCAAAACUUGCGACAUACGUCCCAACAAGUUUCAGAACAAUUGUUACCCGACUUCUACUGUGAGCACAUAACUUUGGCGAUGAACAGAGAGAGGCGGAAACAGGCACUUGUCAAGCUACUACACCUCAUCAGGCAAGACAUAGAACGGGAAAGGAAGUCAAAGAAUGGUUUAGAAAACUUAUGCAAGGCGAUUAAACAAACACCCAGUUUUGGUUCCGACGACUCCCAGCAGAGCGUAUCAGAAAAACUAUACCAUAUGAAAUCAAUGUUGACAUAUCUGGAAGGUGCCAGAUAUAAAGUACAAAGUGCUUUGGCAGAACUAGACUCUCGACCGCGAAUAGGUCAUCCGUUAGCACCACACAUAACCGUUACAAGAGAUAAAUCCGGACUUCAGCAAAGCGUUCUCAAAGUACCUCAGUGGUUGAGGGAUGAAUGGUGCGAAACGGAUAAAAGUCCCUUGAGUGAAAAGUCACUGAAGUCUAAUAACUCGGAUAAAUCCGACAAUUCCGAUCCACAUAUAAACGACGUUGAUGAUCACGAAUGGUUGGACCGUGGAGCAGCGGAUGGCAAUUCCAAUCAACCGGACUCAGACUUUGACGAGUUCUCCUCCCAGUCAAGCGCAGGAGGCGGUAACCGCUGCUAUCCCGAAGAGAUUGCCAUCAAACCGAUAGCCACUUGCAAGGCUAUCUACCCUUACAAACCCAACAUGCCUGACGAGCUGGCACUCAAACCUGGUGACAGUUUGACAGUCUACAGACAGCAAGACGACGGAUGGUGGCUGGGCGAAUGCAAUGGAAACGUGGGGAUAUUUCCAGCUACUUAUGUUGAAUUAGUCACUGAAUGCUGACUCAUGACGAACUAGAAUCGAUUUUUUGUGAUUGACGAAACGAUAUUUUAAUAUGAGAGAUGAAACUACUUUAGUUGAUAGCAAUAAAUGCUAUUUGUUCAAUACCUUUUAGUACGCGAUCUGAUUCCUUCGAAAUCUGCAACGGACACUCAAAAACUAGAACUUUGUAAUUUGGGGCGUAAUUGUACAUAUAUAUUAUAAGCACUUAUUCAACUCAUUUUUGAGAAUGCUGAAAUGGAAAACGCAUAUUUAUAUACCAUGUGUAAAUGAUUAAAUUUGUGAAUACUGAAAAAGUUUUGUAUUAAUUAGCAUUUUUACCAUAAUUAUUUUAUUAUUAAACUAUAUUUGCUGGGAAUUUUGCAAUUUUACUAAUACUUAAUUAUUUCGACUGUACUGUAUUCAUUUAAAUUAAUGAAACAUACGUGUACGAGAUCUGUGCGUAUAUCGUCAUAUUUAAAAGCAUCGUCAGAUUGAGAAAUUACUUGGCUUUCCUAGAAUUUACUACCUUUUAAGGUUGCAGCUGGCAACAGAGACAUUUUUUGCAAUGGCGCUUGGUGCGCACCUAACACUAGAGUGGCAUUUAUAUAUCCUGGUUAUCCUGCAUCCUUGUAAACUCAUCUGUGACUAAGGUACGCACCCCUGAUUAUCUUCCAUGUGAUUCGCUCUCACUAACCACCUGUACUGCAAGCAGUUCAUGUCCCUUCUACUGACAUGCUCGGCCUGAAGAAAUCUGAUCUGGAAAAUCCAACAAUGAACGGGUUAUCAUGAAGUCGAAGGUCUACGAUAAAAUAAAAGGCGUUUAUGUAAAAAAAUACAUUUCAUAAUAAAAAUGUAAUGUUCUGAACAAUUCUACGGUAUCGUCCGUUUUGAAUCUUCUUCAGCACAAAUCAAUCUACCAUGUCUAGUCCCUACAUUCAAUAAAAAACUGUUACUGUAACUAGUUCUGAAAAGCAAAGUAACAGAUUUUGUCGCAUUCACUAAAAGCAAAGUAACUGGUUUUGCAGUAUUCAAUGUUAGUGUUAAUGAAAAACCAAUAAUUUGCAAUGAUAUGCAUAAACCGGCAGUAAAGGAUUAAUACGAGAGUUACAGGGUGGCCGAUAUGUAACUGACUGGUUUGUAUCUUGAAUAUUUGUGAAAUGAAAUAGAAUACGUCCAUUUAUUUCAUCUUAAUGUUUUAUUGAAACUUAGAAAUUAUGUAUGAAAAAUAAUAUCAGACAAAUGUCCGCCUAUAGAAGCUGCGCAAACCUGAACCCUCUGGAAUAUUUUCCAUCACUUUUUGGUAGGUUUCGGGAGGAAUAUUUUCAAUCGUUUCCGUAAUAUUGUUUUUAGUAUUCGGUUUGUUGGCAUAAACCCCAUUUUUCAAAAAUCCCCAUAAAAGUCAGGAGCCGUUAAAUCCGGUGACCUUGGUGGCCAGUUGACAUCACCAAAUCGAGAAAUUAAACGUCCCGGAAAUAUUGUUCGCAAAAGAUUCAUUGUUUCCCUAGCUGUGUGACCAGUUGCUCUGUCCUGCUGGAACCACAUGUUUUGCAGGUUAAAUUGUUGGAUUUGAGAAACCAGAAAGUUUUGCACCAUAUCACGGUAGCGCUCGCCAGUGACAGUAAGAGAAUUACCUAUAUACCAAACUCCGCACCAAACUGUGACUCGACGAGGAUGUAGUGGUCGUUGAUGGAUGACUCGAAGGCUACCUAAUGCCCAGACACGACAAUUCUGCUUAUUAACAAAUCCGUUCAUAUCGAGGUGGUCUUCAUCGCUCAUUAUCACUUGUCGGUAAAAAUCGUUAUUUUGGGUAUUAAGCUGCAAUGUUACAUGACUGUAUUGUCGGCGACUUUCAUGGUCACUAGGCUGUAGUUCUUGGGAUAACUGACGUCUUAAGGCACUCCACUACAAUUUCAAUAUUUUCCGGAGUAUGAACAGGUCAAACACGGCCCGACCUUGGCAAGUCUUUACCUUCACCUGUUUGUUCAAAUUUCCGCACCAACUGACGAAUGGUGUUGACACUGGGCACAUUAUUUCGACCGAAAUCUUGUCGUAGCUUCCGAAUCGUUGCAACAAUAGACUCAUUAUUCAAGUAAAACGUUUUAACAAUACGGAGGCGUUGUGGGAUCGUGUAGCGCUCCAUGAUGGAUUGGACACAUGAGCCAUCUGAAUGCAAACCCCGCCAAGUGCAAACCAUACAGUUCCAAGAAAAACGCGGAAAACUGUUUUGAGUUAUACUAUCCACAAAAUGAACUUACUUUAAUAUCUUGUUGAUGUAGAUACUGCUUCUUAAUGCAUAUCAUUCAUCAUAUUACAACAAAGAGAGCAUUAGCACCGUCAAAUAAGAAAAAUAAAAUGCAGUUGGCGGAGUUUGAAAAUAAGUGUGUAAAAUGGCGGGCUUUGCAGCCAAAAUCAAAUGUUUUUAACCACAAUGCUGAGAAUGCCAGCAAAUGGCACGAAACCCUGUGAAUCGAAACACACGGUCAGGAGACCAAAAUACGACUUUCACAUUGGUCACACGCACUUGGCGAUUUUUUCAAACAAACAUCUGCAACUGGCGAUGUAUUGAAAGUGAACUGAGUUUUUGAUGCUCUAAAGUAAUGUAAGUAAAUGCCGGGGUUUGAGAAAUAAUAUCUUGACAGAAUGCAGAUAGAAACAUUUCCUUUCGAAUGGCGCCACCUACUGAAAUGCCUGUAUCAAAAAUAGCGCGCAAUUUAAAUCAGUCUGUUAUAAUGGGUGAUUCAAAUUGAGUUUCCACAUUACAAAUAAUUUUUUUUGAAACACCACUGAAUUUGUUAACAACGUGCCAUUUCUAACGUCAAAAUAUAAACAAAUCAGUCAUGAAGCAAUAUAUGACCGAACAAUGUGUUAAAAUUAUCCAAGCCUAUAAUGAAAAGGGCCGAUCAAGGAAGCAUACAUUUCGUGCUUUACGUGAAUUUUUUGUCUCACAAAAUCGGCCUUGUGAGAGGACAGUUAGGAAUUUGGUGCAAAAAUUCGAGCAAACGGAUCCGACACUAACACCAAAACCUCUAGGCGUGCUCGUAGUGGUAGGUCGGAACACAAUAUUGCUAUUGUUGCCGAAAAUCCAAGAACCUCGAUUCGUCAUCGAUCGCAGCAACUGGACUUUUCUUAUUCCACUACACAGCGCAUUUUAAUAAAAUAUUUGAAGUUACACCCUUUUAGAGUCCAAAUAACACAGGCUUGAAGCCUAUUUCAGGGGAAACGAUACAAUUACUGCGCGGCAAGUUUCCAGGUCGCGAUUAUUUUCUUUGGGGGUAUUUCAAGGGCAAAGUCUACAAAAAGAAUCCGAUAACAAUUGCGGAGCUGAAACAGUAGUUCAGACGCGAAAUUACUAACAUAGGAUCUGAUUUGUGCUACGGAGUACUCGAAAAUUUCUCGAAACGGAUUACGUCAUGCCACAUGAGGCCGUGGCGGUCAUUUACUUGAUAUCAUAUUCCAUGCAUAAUUGUAAUGAACUGCCCUGAAACGACAAAUACAUACUUUUUUAUAAUUUUCAAUUUCUUCUUUUUUUAAAUACUUUUAAUGUGGAAACCCAAUUUGAAUCACCCUAUAUAUUGGCCACCCUGUACUUGGACCUAAAAAUUCUGUCCGAAGAGAUGAUCCAUAGUUGUUUCAUUCUCAAAUAAGCUGUGAUUUAAUCAACACUAUAUCAUAUGUACAACCACCCUUGACGUUAGAUGGUCUACGUACAGGGAAAGCCAUAAAUAAUAUAAAAAAGAGGAGUUUGACCUUAAAGGUUAUGGAGAAUAGAAUAGUUGUUGUUUCAUUUCCAAACACAUCCUUGUAAUGUUAUUUCAUUGAGCCUGAGUGCAAGCGUCUGAUAUAUUUCAAAGUCAAAAACAUUGUUCACACUUUGAGACUGAGUUAUCAUGAUUUUUGAACGUCGUUUGUACUCAUUUCAUGUUGUUAUAUUUAUGUAUUAACCAUUGUAUAUUAUUAAAUCCAUCUAAUAAGAAGUUUUAUUAAAA